GCCUCAGCUAUCUUGCUGUACUUCCGUACCAGCAAGGCCAUUCGUUUGUCCCGCCUCUUCCGAAUCUACUCCCGCAUCGCCUCCUAAUCUCCCGCCUCGCUUCUCCCGCCUCCCAUACUACAAAACUACGUCAACCCCUUCACCAGCCUGGCUUGUCCCUCAUACCCUACGCCGCUUGUCGUCUGCUCCGUGGUCAUGCUGGUCGACUGUUCUACACAAUUAUAAUCAUCUAAUCGUCUGUCGAAUUCCUCAUGGGCAAAUGGCGCUAUGGAGUCGUCCUGGACGCGGGCUCGUCCGGGACCCGAGUCCACGUCUAUCGCUGGUUGGACAACGCUCUCGCUCGCAAUGAGGCGGGUGAGCAUGCGCCAUCAUUGCCGGAGGUGAAAACCAAGUCGGAUUGGACCAAAAAGAUACACCCAGGAGUCUCCUCGUUUGCCGACAAACCGGAGGAGGUCGGCCACCAACAUCUCGCGGAACUGCUCGAGCACGCCCGUAACAUUAUACCGGAUGACGCCGUGCGGGAUACCCCUAUCUUUCUACUUGCGACCGCCGGGAUGCGACUUCUGCCCGACGUGCAGCGCAAGGUCCUGCUCGAUCAGAUCUGCUCCUAUGUCGGAACCAACUCCGACUUUCUACUUCCCGACUGCGACGUUCAUAUUCAGGUGAUUCCGGGAGUCACAGAAGGGCUGUAUGGAUGGAUUGCGACGAAUUACUUGCUGGGAAGUUUCGACUCGCCGGGCUCUCACGACCACGGCAAGGGACAUCACACCUACGGCUUUCUGGACAUGGGUGGUGCCUCGGCGCAGAUCGCUUUCGCCCCGAACGCCACCGAGAGCGAAAAGCAUGCGAACGAUCUGACGCUACUCCGGCUGCGUAAUAUUGAUGGGUCCGCCCAGGAGCAUCGGGUGUUCGUCACGUCCUGGCUAGAGUUUGGCGUGCAUGAGGCUCGGAGGCGCUAUGUGGAGUCGCUCCAGGCUGCAAGCGCAGUUGGGGACAACAAGGAACUCCCCGAUCCGUGUCUGCCUGCGGGGCUGCGCACUACGAUCGAUGGCAAGCCUCUGUCACCAGAAGACAACGGGUUGUACUUACUUGGAACGGGUCGCUUCGACGAGUGCUUGCGACAAACGUACCCGUUACUCGAUAAAGAUGCCCCUUGCCCCGAUCAACCCUGUCUCCUUCAUGGAAUGCACGUCCCGGCUAUCGACUUCGAUGUCAACCAUUUCGUCGGCAUCAGCGAAUACUGGCACACAACGCAUGAGGCGUUCGAGAUGGGUCACAAGGACAAGGCGUACGAUCUCGCCACUUACCAAGAACGCGUGCAAUCAUUCUGCUCGCAGGAUUGGGCCACGGUGGAGGGCGGUGUUGAGCGCCACCAGUGGGGCAAGAAACUCGAUCGGGAAUCGGCCUCGGAGAUAUGCUUCAAGGCGUCCUGGAUUAUUAACGUGUUGCAUGACGGCAUCGGGAUCCCGCGUGUCGGAUUGGAAGAAACCACGGGCUCGGGCCACAAUGGGACCAAGGAAGUGCUGUCUCACGGAGAGAGCAAGGGCUAUGUGGACUCUUUCCAGGCCGUAAACAAGAUCGAUUCCACCGAAGUGAGCUGGACUCUUGGCAAGAUGGUUCUCUAUGCCUCGUCCCAGGUCCCUUUGGAGGUGGAAGAUGCUCUUCCGGUCGGCUUUGGCAGCAAUGUUGCCGGCGUGCCCAGCGACUUCCAGUACCCCAGCGUGGAGUUGCUGCCCAAUCCCGAAGGCAUCCACACCGGGACGUGGCAUGAUGCGCUGCUCGAGGGCACGCCAUCCCGCCGCGUUCCGGGUUUUCUUUUGUUUCUGCUUAUUAUCGUCAUGGCGGCCUUCUUCCUCUGCGGACGAGGCCGUCGGCUGAAGGUUUAUCACAAAAUCAACCACAUUUUCGGCCGCGGUGGCCCGUCCCACCCGAACCAUCCGAAGAGACGGCGGUUGUUUGGAGGAAAGAUCCCGUUCUUCGGGCCCAGGAGUCCGACCUACGAGCGUGUCCUCGAAGAUGGAGCGCACGAGUUUGACCUCAGCGUGGCCGGGUCCAGUCGCAGCUCGUUUGACGGGGGUCGCCCGUCGGAAACGGAUUCUGCGCGGUUCACAGCGCCCAAACGGGCCUCGAGCUGGGGCAGCAGCAACACGCCGACGUUCAAGUAUGCACUGGACAAUUCCUCAUCAGGGACCAUUGGGCUGGGAAUCACUGCUGGGUCAGGGGUUACCGCGAUGGACCGGCACGGGCUGGUGGUGAGGACGGAGAGCCGGGAUCAUCUGGCGCCGCUGGCCCUGGGGCCGACGACCAACGGGCGGCGCUCGCGCGCGGGCAGUCCGUCGCGGGCGCAUCCCAAGUCGCCGGUGAUGACCCCGCUGGCCGAUGAGUAAUGCUUUGCUGUAUGAUUAUGUCUUAUGUUGACAACUGUCGCAUCAUUCCAGGCGUUCUGGCUCGGUGUCAUGGCUUGCGCAGGACGGAGCUCCUUGCAGUCGCUGUUUGAAAAGUCGGCGUUGACGCAUAUGUUUGCUUCUUGGUACGAUAUUCAGGGCCUGGCCCGGAGUCAUGCUACUCCUUUUUAUUUAUUUAUUACCCGACUAGACUAGCGAAAGCAGUUAUAAUACAUCAAAUACUAAUCA